AGCUCCCCUGCAUAGCCACCCAACAUCAAACGUCACCUCUUCGAUAAGCCACACUCUCGCAUCUCCCAAAGACACCACCCCCGCUCACAAACAUGCGAUGAAUCGCCCUUCAGCCUCGCGUUCGCGCUCGCGACCAUCCCGCCCCCACCAACCCCGAACCGCCUCCUUCGCACCCUCCCUCCGCCGGCGCAACACCUCCCAAUCCGUCCAAGGCCACGACUACGACGACCCGGAAGCCGCCUCGGCCGUACAAGCCGACGCAGCAAUCGCCAGCGAGAUCGCCGAAAUCAAGCGCUAUGAAGACUUCACGACAAUAGACUGGGUGCAAGACGCCGCCCGCGAGUCGCUGCGCCGCAAAGCCCGCCGGAAAGCGCGUCUCUCGCAACCCUCAACCUACACUGGCAGAGUGUUUCUAGGCCGGGGGAGAGGAAAGUGGCGGCGCAAGAUUGCGGAGGCGUAUGAUGCGGGGCAGGCGUGGAUAGUCGUCACGCUCGUCGGGGCCGCGAUCGGGCUGAACGCUGCGUUCCUGAACAUCGUCACAGAGUGGCUGUCGGACAUCAAGCUCGGGCACUGCACCACAGCGUUUUAUCUCAACGAGAGUUUCUGCUGCUGGGGCGCGGAAGGCGGGUGUGUGGAGUGGAAGCGCUGGAGCGGCGUGUGGCCGGUGAAUUAUGUCUUGUACAUGCUCUUUGCGGCGCUUUUUGCGCUCACGGCUGCCAGGUUGGUCAAGAGUUUCGCGCCGUAUGCGGCGGGGAGUGGGAUUAGUGAAAUGAAGUGCAUUAUUGCGGGGUUUGUGAUGAAGGGCUUCCUCGGCGCCACAACGUUAUUCAUAAAGAGCAUUGGGUUGCCGCUGGCGAUUGCGAGCGGGCUCAGUGUUGGCAAGGAGGGCCCGAGUGUGCACUAUGCGGUCUGCACGGGGAACGUGAUUAGUCGCUUCUUCGACAAGUACCGACGGAACGCUGCGAAGACGAGGGAGAUUCUGAGUGCAAGCGCCGCUGCGGGUGUAGGGGUCGCGUUUGGGAGUCCUAUUGGCGGCGUGCUGUUCAGUCUCGAGGAGAUGUGCAAUCAUUUCCCGCUCAAGACAAUGUGGAGAAGUUACUUUUGCGCGCUGGUGGCCACCGCUGUGCUGGCUGCAAUGAACCCCUUCCGCACCGGCCAACUCGUCAUGUUCCAAGUGAAGUACGACCGGUCCUGGCACUUCUUCGAGAUCGUGUUCUACCUCCUCAUCGGCGCCUUUGGCGGUCUCUACGGCGCCUUCGUCAUAAAAUGGAACCUGAAGAUGCAAGUCUUCCGCAAGAAGUACCUGUCCGCGUACCCAAUCACCGAAGCCGUGGUUUUGGCUGUCGUGACGGCGGUGAUUUGCUACCCGAAUAUGUUCUUGAGGAUUGAUAUGACGGAGAGCAUGGAGAUUUUGUUUCAGGAGUGCGAGGGUGGGAAAGGGUAUGAUAGGUUGUGCGACCGCGACCAACGUUGGCACAUGAUCGCUUCCCUCUUCCUCGCCUUCACGCUCCGCACCCUCCUCGUAAUCAUCUCCUUCGGCUGCAAAGUGCCUGCGGGCAUCUUCGUCCCCAGCAUGGCCAUCGGCGCAGCGUUCGGCCGCAUGAUCGGCAUCCUUGUCGAGGCCCUCCACGAGUCCUUUCCCACAUCGACAUUCUUCUCCGCCUGCCUGCCCGACCAGCCCUGCAUCACGCCGGGCACAUACGCGUUCCUCGGCGCUGCCGCGGCGCUGAGUGGGAUCAUGCACAUCACGGUCAGCGUGGUGGUGAUCAUGUUCGAAAUCACGGGCGCUUUAACCUACAUCCUCCCAACCAUGAUCGUCGUCGGCGUCACCAAAGCCGUAUCCGAACGUUUCGGACACGGCGGGAUUGCAGACCGGAUGAUUUAUCUCAACGGCUACCCGUUCCUCGACAACAAGGAAGAGCACACCUUCGGCGUCCCGGUGUCGGCUGUCAUGUCCAGCGCGAUCGCCUGUCUGCCGGCGAAUGGCAUGUCGUUCCGCCAGGUUGAAAGCAUCAUGAACGAGAACGCGUACCAGGGGUACCCGAUCGUCGAAGACGUCUCGUCCAAAAUUCUGCUAGGCUACAUCGGACGCACCGAGUUGCGCUAUGCGCUCGAUCGCGCGUGCAAAGACCAGUCUGCUACCGGCUCGAGCAAAGUCUCUUUUCAUACAUCAUCUAACCCCGCUGAAAAUGACAAGGUCGAUCUUAGCAAGUUCGUCGACCCAACGCCGUUGACCGUCCAUCCGCGCCUCCCUCUCGAGACGGUUAUGGAGUUGUUCAAGAAAAUGGGCCCGCGAGCUAUUCUCAUCGAAUACCGCGGCCGCCUCACCGGCCUCGUCACCGCUAAGGACUGCCUCAAAUAUCAGUUCAAAGUCGAAGCCGCAGGACAUGGGGGCCAUGGUGCGGGUAUCGGUGAAGAUGAUCGCAUGGAGGGUCUGUACCGUGUGAUCAGCAGAGUCGCUGUGGCGGUCGAUGGCGUCUGGCAGAAGGGGCUGGGAGUGAUAGGCAUGGGUAGACGGGGUGGAGCGGUAAGAUUGAAUAGCCCGGUGGUGAUUCGAACGCCCGGGCAGAGCGCGGAACAGGAGGCUUUCGUUAUAGAUGAGCAUGGUGGGGAGGAGUUGGAGGAUCGGGGGAGGCCGGGGAGUAGGUAGUGAGCGAUGCUGCUCAAAUACUUGAGAUCCCAACUG